AUGGCCGACCAAUUUAAAGCUCGAACGCUGAAACGCAAAAACGUUAAGGGUCUCGCUCUGAAUGCAGCACCCAAACCCCUCUCCAACCCGUCCGAUGGCGAUGCCCAAGUUCCCGGUGCGAUUGGAAAUACUGACAGCAACCGCACCGAUACGCUGGAGAUCGGGUUGGAGUUUCGCCUUGAUCUUCGUAGUGAGGAUUUGAUCACCUUAAAAGAACUAGGGGCGGGAAAUGGCGGUACAGUCUCCAAGGUCAUGCAUGCCUCUACUAAAGUUGUCAUGGCCCGAAAGAUUAUCCGUGUCGAUGCCAAGGAGAACGUUCGAAAACAGAUACUGCGAGAGCUUCAAGUUGGCCACGACUGCAACUCCCCAAAUAUCGUGACCUUCUAUGGAGCAUUCCAAAAUGAAGCCAGGGAUAUUGUUCUGUGUAUGGAAUACAUGGACUGUGGUUCUCUUGAUCGCAUAUCCAAAGACUUCGGUCCCGUCCGAGUGGAUGUACUAGGCAAGAUCACAGAGUCCAUACUGGCUGGUCUUGUGUAUCUCUAUGAAGCGCAUCGCAUUAUGCAUCGUGACAUCAAACCAUCCAAUAUCCUUGUCAAUUCGCGGGGAAACAUUAAACUCUGCGAUUUCGGCGUCGCUACUGAGACUGUCAAUUCGAUCGCCGACACCUUUGUCGGCACUUCGACCUACAUGGCACCCGAGCGCAUUCAAGGCGGCGCGUACACUGUCCGUUCGGAUGUCUGGAGUGUAGGCUUGACGGUCAUGGAAUUGGCCGUGGGUCGAUUUCCCUUUGAUACCUCAGAUUCUUCGGCAGGGGACCGAGCUAGCGCUGGCCCUAUGGGUAUCUUGGACCUUCUACAACAAAUUGUCCAUGAGCCUGCUCCGAAGCUUCCAAAGAGUGAUGCUUUCCCCCCAAUCCUGCACGAGUUUGUCGCCAAAUGCCUCCUUAAAAAGUCCGAAGAGCGGCCAACACCCCGAGAAUUAUAUGAUAAGGAUGCGUUCCUUCAGGCUGCUAAACGCACACCAGUUGAUCUUCAAGAAUGGGCGAUAAGCAUGAUGGAGCGACAUAACCGAAAGUCUUAUCUGGCUCCCCCACCGCCCAAGUCUCUCAAAGACGAGAAAGAAGAAUCACCGCGCCGUAGCCCCGCCCCAAAGCCAGCAGUUAGCAAAUCGUCUCGCACACCACAUUACACGCCAACAUCUGGAGAGAUCCCGUUGAAUAUGGCCAAUGAAAUGUCUUCCCAAAGCCGGCAUUAUCACGUACCGCCGAACCCAUCUCCUCGCCCCAGUAGGUCGACCAGAUCUCCGCCCGCGAUAUCACUAGAGCAUCUCUCUUUGGAAACCAAGGAUGAUGAUUACCGAGCGGGACGCCACCCCUCUCGUGCGCACUUAGGAGACCCAGUGUCUGCACUGGAGCCACCCUCUCGUCAGCACAUCGUAUCUCGUUCGGCGAGCUCGCACAACAUGAAAUCGAGAAUGCCACUUCAGACAUCAGCUAUGCCUGUUCGUGCAGCUCCUCCUCCCAGCGGGCCCUUACCACCGGCUCCAGUACCGGGAGCACCAUGGCAACGCCAAGUAAAUUAA